UGUCACACAUGGUAUAAAUAUUGUCCAAGCGCUACUAAUCAUAAAUAAGAGUACCGGAUUAAAAAGCAGAGUGGCUUAGGAAGAAUUCGUAGGUGACAGUCAAAGCCAAAUAGGAGUAAGAGAAAAAAAAUAUCCGGAGAAGACGAUUGUUUGAAACCAAACAUGCAAAACUUGAAGCUCGUGGUGGUAGGAGAUGGUGCGGUGGGAAAAAGUUGUCUCUUGAUCAGCUACGCCACGAACGCGUUUCCAAGUGAAUAUGUCCCUACAGUGUUUGACAACUACAGUUGUAAUGUAAUGGUGGAUGGAAAACCGAUAUCUCUGGGACUAUGGGAUACAGCAGGCCAAGAGGAUUAUGAUCGCUUGCGUCCUCUUUCAUACCCACAAACAGACGUUUUUCUUCUGUGCUUUUCAAUUGUGAGUAGGAGUUCCUUUGAGAAUGUGCCGGCAAAAUGGUUUCCCGAAAUCAGUCAUUAUGCUUCCGGUGUUCCUGUGUUGCUCGUGGGAUGUAAAAAUGAUCUGCGCGUGGGUUCUGGCAGUGCGCGACCUGAUGUCGUAACUGCAGAAGAAGGAAAGGAGAUGGCAAAGAAACUGGGCUUGUCUUGUUAUGUCGAUACUAGCGCUCUCACACAAGAUGGUGUGAAGUUUUGCUUUGAAAACGCAAUCCGUUACGCUUUGAAUGCAGCGCCAAUUCUCAAGAAGAAGGGAGGCUUCUCCUUUUUCGGCAAGAACAAAAAGCCACUCCCUAUUCCGCCAGUCAUGCCACCUGCAGGUAAAGCGCCAUGGCUGACGGUAGAGACGUCAACAUUUGCCGAGGACUGGAAAAAAGUAUUGCAAAACCCGGUCCAUGCUGACGUCACAUUUCUGGUGGAGGGACAGCAGCAUUUAGACGCUCAUCGGGUGAUUCUGUGUGGGGCGUCAAAGAUGUUCAGACAAAUAUUCUCGAGAAAACUGAAAGAAGAGAAUAACCAGCUGACAAAGUUUUCCCCGGGGAGCACGUUUACGUGGGAAGACAUUGCGUCUGGGAAAGUGGAAGGUCUGGCAGGCAUAUGGCAGGAAAAACAGGAGGGGAAUAAGGACGUUAUGAAAACUGUUAUAGAACUAAGUGCAGACAUCAAAGGGGCUGCGUUCGUACAAGUGCUGGAAUUUUUGUAUACAGGUGUGCCAGACCUUAAAGACGAUAUCUCGGACCAAGAACUGGAUGAAAUCACAAGGGUUGCUAAAAUAUUCCAACUCCCUCACCUGGAGACGAUAUGUACAAAUAAGAAAAACGAGGAAGAGUUUUUGAACCCGAGUAUAGGGACGUUCUUAAAUGACCUGACCGGACAGAGCUUGAAAGAGCUGUUCCUCAAUCAGCCUGAGUGGGCCGACAUUGUGUUCAUAGUAGAAGGUCAAAAAGUGUAUGCCCAUCGUGUUGUCUUGUCGGCUCGCUGUGACGUGUUAUCUGCCAUGUUCAGCGGCCAUUUUAGUGAGGGUUCUUCCUGUAUGACAGAGGUACCUCUAUCUGACGUGACAUUGGAAUGUUUCCUUGCUUUCUUGGAAUACCUAUACACAGACCACGCCCCCAUAGAGGAUGGAGAUUCUGUCGGUAUCAUGGUCCUUGCGGACGAAUACUGCCAGCGUCGUUUAGUCAAUCUGUGCGAGUUAUACAUAACAAAGGAAGUGGACAGGUCCUGCAGAGACAACAUAGAAAAAUCAGAUAUUGACGUCAUAGGGUUACUGCUGACGUCACAGAUCCACAAUGCUGAACAGCUUGCUAAUUGGUGCCUUCACUUUAUCUCUACGAACUAUCAGUGUUUUAAAAACAGACCAGAGUUUCCUCUUCUUCAAGAGAAAAACUUGGAAUAUGUGGAAGAGAACCAAUGGCCCCCAGUAGAGUACCUAAACGAGCUUCGGGAGUAUGAGAAACUUACGGCCAAAAGCGAAGAAAAAUGUUCUAUCAUGUAAUGAUAA